AUGGAUGAUUUAUCCCACCCGGCGCAAGCAACUGCAUCAUCCCAGACCACGUAUCCCCGUAGCUGCAUCCCCUGCAAUCGCAGAAAGCUCCGAUGCGACCGGAAAUUUCCCUGCGGCCGGUGUGUGAAGGGCGGCGAGCAAUGUGUCUUUCCGGGUCCCAAGCGAGCGCCCCGACAGCUCAAACGGCCUCCCAUCGCGGAGGUGUUGGCCCAGCUGCGACAGCUAGAGCAAGAGGUCCAGCUCCUGCGCGCUCAAGCUCAGCAACCCGCGGAGGCUGGAGCGUCUCCACUCGGCCAUCCUCUGGAGGAGGCCGCUGGUCCACUGGAGCCAGGCGAGCGGGAAGGCAGGCUAGUUGUCAAGGAAGGUAAGAGUCGUUAUGUGGGGGAUGCUCCCUCGGCUGUGCUGGGGGAUAAGAUCCGAGAACUACAGGAUAUCUGUGAUGCAUCAUCCUCCGAGGAUGAACUGGAGACCCCAGAGACAUCCGGCUUGCACUUCGCCAGUAGCCUCGGGGGCAACUGGCGCAAUCACAGUUUACGGGACACCUAUCUCCAGCCAGAUCAGAUGCAGCGCUUAUGGCAAGUCUACCAAGACAAUGUGGCACCGUUACUCGCCGUUCUACAUGUACCUUCCGUGGAGAUCAUGGUACGCGAAGAAUCCGAGAACAUCAAUCCGGACCCUGCCCGCGAAGCACUCAUUCUCGCCGUCUGCUUCGCUGCCAUCGUAACCAUACCCCCAGACCAGUGCAUGACCUUGGUGGGUAUGGAUUGCGAAAAGGCCAUCCAGAGCUAUCAGCUCGCCGUGGACCAGGCGUUGGUACGAGCCAACUUCAUCAAGUCCCAGAAUAUCUGCGUCUUGCAAGCUGCGGUGAUCUUCUUGCUCUGUCUCCGUUGGAGAGGCGAUGCGAGACUCGUCUGGGCGGCGUCUGCCGUUGUGGUUCGCGUGGCUCAGGGACAGGGCAUUCAUCGCGACGGUCAAAGCCUUGGACUCAGCCCAUUUGACUCGGAAAUGCGACGUCGCUUAUGGUGGCACAUCUGUCUUCUGGAUAUGGUGUGCUCUGAGGAGCAAGGGACCGACACCCAAAUCCAGCCAGGCAUGUUUGACACUCGUCUCCCCCAUAACAUCGACGGGGCAGAUCUGGACCCAUCCAUGACCGAGCUGCCACCGGAGAAGACUGGUGCCACCGAUAUCACCCUCCUCAUAAUCCAGUGCGACAUCAUCUCGGAACUUAACUGGCCGAAUCGGCGUAACGGUGGUGCAAGAGAUGCACAAUCCACCGCUGAUCAGGAACCGCUCGUUACCACUGUAGCGAACCGUCUGGAAGGUCGCUUUUUGCAACACUUGGACAUGAACAUCCCAAUUCAAUGGGUAUACGCCAUGAUUAUCCGGCUUACCCUGUCAAAACUGUGGCUAUACGCCCAUUACAACAAAAUGGCCAGCCAUGAGUCUCGAUCCGGAUGGUCGCAAGCCGCCUGCGAUGAUGCCUUUCAAGCGGCCGUCGAAACGAUCAAAUUCACCAUUCUGCUGCAUACGAACGAGAGUACUUCGCAAUGGGCGUGGCUAUGCAAGACCUAUAAGCAGUGGCACACGGUCGCGUUCAUCCUCGCGGAGCUGUGCAACCGCCCUAUCACGGCCGAGACCGACCAUGCCUGGCAGGUGGUGACGGAGAUCCAGCGGCAAUGGGAACAAGAUGGCUCGCCCCAGAGUGUCAUGCUCCGGAAGCCCCUCAAGCGCUUGAUGCAACGGACGGCAUCGACCAGGGCGGCCAAGAUGGGGAUAUCGCCAGGCUCCUCACUGGGCACGGAGGUUAAGGAUGAUGAUAGCAUCGGGUCGGGUUUGAUGUCCUUUAAUACAAACCCUCUGCCAGGUAUGGAUUUCUCUCAGGUAUCCCUGGGUCAAGGAUCUCUUCCCCCGGAUGCGUAUUCACUGGGGAUGGCUGGUUUUGGUGUUUCGGGCAUGGAGUGGCUGUGGGAGCCAUUGCUGUGA